AUGCCUCCAAACGAAAAAAAACAAUGUUUACGUCCUCCAGAUGUACUAAGCAACCUUGACAAUAAUUUAAUCGAUAACAUUCUAACGAGGUUACCUUUACGAGACGCUGUUAGGACUAGUAUAUUAGCAAAGUAUUGGAGAUAUGUUUGGCGCAGACUUCCACAUUUGAAAUUGGAUCAAACAGUUUGGAAGACAACAGAGGAGUUGAUGUCCCCUACAGUUGGAUUUACUCCCAUUCUAUAUCACCUCUACGCGUUACCUAUAGGACCAGUUUCCAAAUUAACCCUAGACAUUCUUCGUCUAGAUGUAUGUCCUGAUGUUUACAACUUGAUUUAUUUCAUCUUCCGGAAUUGCAUUCAACAUGUUGUCCUUAAACUUCCAUUUAGUUGUAAACCAUACAUAUUGCCUUGUUUAUUCUUCAUGUGUUCAUUGAGGCAUCUGUUUCUCAUGGAAUGUCUAAUAGAUCCUCCAUGGUUCUUUAAGGGAUUUGACGGAUUAGUUAGCCUAAAAUUAAAAUCCGUCAUGAUAUCUUCUGAAUCGCUUGAAAGUUUGAUCUCCCAUUGCCCAUUGCUUGAGAAUUUGGUGCUAAAAGACUUAUACAAUACGAACCUCAUGAAAAUUAGUGCUCCUAAGCUAAGGUCAUUUGUCUUCCGUGGCAAUAUACAAUUUUUAUAUCUAGAAAAUGUCCCUCUUCUUUCCAAUGUUUCAUGUACGCCUAAAGAAUUACCUGUAGAGGCAGCAGAUGAUCUUUCCGAUAUUUUUGAGUCUAUUCCUGCUCUCGAGAAUCUCAUCUGGGAUCAAUCUAUGGUGGCAGAUGUUGGACCAGCUGAAGUUAUACCAGCAAGGCUUCCCUCAGAUCUUAAGUGUCUUAAACGUCUUGACAUAUCUUGGUUUACUCUUGGAGAAUUCUUUGAGCUUUCGUUAGCUCUUUGCUUGAUAAGAAGCUCCCCAAAUUUAGAAGAAAUUGAAAUUAAGGUGUGUUUUAUUAAUGAUGAGGACUAUGUCGAACCUGUGCCCCGGGAUGCUCUUGAUGAGAUACCUGCAAGCUUCUCGGAUAUGACUUUCAAUCACCUGAGGACAGUUAAGUUUUAUGAUGUAAUAGGAGCGGAGGUUGAAAUGCAGCUUAUCAAGGUUUUAUUGGCCAAGUCUUCAGCACUCGUCAAAAUGGUAAUCGAGCCCCAUAUAAUGGAUGCUAGAAAAUCUCUAGAAGUACUUGCAGAGAUAGCAAAAUUUCAGCGGGCAUCAUCUAAAGCAGAAGUUGUGUAUAAGGUAGAUUAUCACAAUCCUGCUUGA